AUGGAUAAGAGAAUUGAGGAAGUGGUCAAGAAGAAUUUACAGGUGCAGAGGAAGGAUCUAAGAAGUAUUCUUAAGCAAGAAAAGCCUGAUGAAUGCAGCAAGCCUGAGAUUAAGAUUGUGCAUGAGCAUGAUUUUAUACUGAAGGCAGAUUCAUCAGUAUAUCCUUGCUGUCCUAUAGUAGAGAUUGAGGGGGAGUUUUUCUUCUAUACGAUUGAUGGACGAAGCCUGAUGUUCGAGCCCAGUCAAUCAUUCCCGUAUAUAUUUCUUCCAUUUCCACUGAAGGAGGCUUUUUUCUACAAAGCCGAUGAUAAAGUGUAUUUUAUAACUCUGGACACAUGCAACAAGCUGCAGUAUUCAUUGAUGACCAGCAGUAACUAUCCUUCUGAAGAGAGAUAUACGGUUUCAAGGAAUGUUGUGCAUGUGGUUAAGCAUCCAAGUAAGAUUCUGUAUGUUUCGUCGAAGAAUGGCAAUUAUCAUGUGAAUAUGAUUGUCCGCGAUGCAGAAGCGCUCAAGGGGCGAAUGCUCUUGGCGAAUGUCAAGAAGGAGGCAAGCACAAAUAUUUUCUAUGCAAACUCUGUUUUGUUUAUGAAUGAUGGGGAUUUGCUGCUGAAAGACAACGGAAAGGCGCUUUGUGUUCAAGGAGACAGUGUGUGUGGUAUACAGAAAGGGGUUUUGGUGCUGAAUUCGAAGACACGGGUGCUUUAUCUGCUGAACGAGAGCCAUCUGAUUGUUGAUCAGAUGCAUAUCCGAAAUACGGGCCAGGUUUUUGGAAUGCUUCCGAUUGGGGAGUAUGCAGGAGUAUGUGUCGACAACUGGCUGUAUGUUUUGAAGGUGAUCAGCCAAAAGCUUGUGGUUGUGAGCGAGAUGCAUAUGAAGGGAGAUGUGAUGUAUCUCAGUGCAUCAGUUAAGAAGAAUGUGAUACGGAUUGCGUCUAUUGUUUCUGAAGAUAUAAAAGAAGAUGGCAUGAAUGAAAGCAUUGGAGUUGUGAAGAGUGAUAGUAAGAAUGCAGUUCAGUGUAAGGGAGAUGAGCAGUUGAGUAUUGAGCAGUCUGACGGUAAGGAUGCUAUGAAUAAAUGUAAGGAGGAGUGUGUAGAGAAGGAUGGAAAAGAAGAAAUGGCGAUGAACAGCACAUCUGAUGGCCAAGAUGAUGUGCAGUGCUUUAGCAAGCAUCAGCCUUAUGUUAUUGACAAGCUGAAUGGAUCGUAUGAUUUUCUGAAUGAGAAGAUGAACGAUAUUCUCGUGAAGCUGAGAGAUGGAGAUGAAAAAAUGAGUAUGAUUGAGAAGAACAAUGAGGCAAGGUUUAAGAUGGUUUUUGAGAUGCUCUGCAAGAUCAGUGAGGGUGGAGCCAAGGGAGGGGUUCAGGAGUUGUUGAAGAAUGAAACAGCACGUGUUUUAGGGGCUGUGAAGGAAAUAAAAGCAAAAAUGAGGGAAUGUGUGCCUGAUGAUAAUAAGACAUUGGAGUAUGCCAAGAGGAUGAUUGUUGAUGUUAUGGUUCCAACGAUUGAGGUUGCGAUGGAUGAGAUACGGGUGCAGAUGAUCAAUGAGAUACGCCUCAUGCACGAUGAGGAUCAUUUGAAGGACAUUAGAAAGGCUGUUGGGGAGCUCCAUGAUUCGUUUACGAAGCAGAAUGAGGUAAAGAAUCUGAUUUCUGAAGGAUUGAUUGAGAGGGCGGCAGAAGCAGUCAUAAACGGAUCGAAUAUAGAUUUGGAUGCGUUUAUAUGCUGCAGCGAAGUAUCGUUUGUGGAGACGCUGCCGUCAUCUCUACUAGUUGCGCUAUUUGAAAGAGUUGUGAUGGCAUCCAAGGAGCUGUUCAGACCAAACUAUCAGCAUUUUAUGUAUAUGAUAAUGGUAUGCUUGGAGUUGAAUGACUUGAACGAUGAGGAGAUCCAGAUGGUCGAUAUUCUGAUGUCAUACAUCGAUGAUAUUGAAGAGAUUGAUAUUAAAGAGCUUCCUGUGAUUCUGAACUUUCAAAGGAUCAAGCUGGGCAAAGUUAAGGAGAAAAGAAGAAUUAAAUGA